AUGAAAUUAAAAGACGAGAGUAUGGGCGAGGCGCCGCGUGCCGGCCCCUGGGGGCGGCGACGACCACCCGGCGCCUCACUCCCACCAGUCCUGGGCCACGCCCCUUCCAUCCUUGGCCACGCCCCUUCCAGCCUGGCCACGCCCCUUCCAGCCUGGCCACGCCCCUUCCAGCCUGGCCACGCCCCUUCCAGCCUGGCCACGCCCCUUCCAGCCUGGCCACGCCCCUUCCAGCCUUGGCCACGCCCCUUCCAGCCUGACCACGCCCCUUCCAGCCUUGGCCACGCCCCUUCCAGCCUGGCCACGCCCCUUCCAGCCUGGCCACGCCCCUUCCAGCCUGGCCACGCCCCUUCCAACCUUGGCCACGCCCCUUCCAGCCUGACCACGCCCCUUCCAGCCUUGGCCACGCCCCUUCCAGCCUGA